UCAGAAAGAGCCUUAAGGCACGGCCUAUUGUGCGGAUCAGACAAACGGAAGGGGUUUAAAGUCACUAGGUCAUAUUUACGCGAAGUCGCAAGUCUUUCAUAGUUUUUAGUUAUUUAACGCAAAACAACGCGAUAACCUGCUUGCUAUAACAGAAACUGUGGAUAAUGGUGCAACGUGGUGGGAGAGGCAGGCGACAGGCGGUUCACUGAGUGAUUUGUUCCUCCUUUGCGCUCUAGAUGGAGAGAGCGCGUGCACAAUUCUGAGGAAAUCGCUUUCUGCUAGCGCGUGUGGAUUGAAUGAAACUGCGGAUUUGAGGCGAAGGCGUUCUUUUUGGUCCAAGGCGAAGAAUGAUACGCAAAUAUUACCGGGAAAUUGUUUUAUUGCCCAAAUAUCUUUAGAUUGUUGGGAUUUUUUUCCCUUGAGUUCAUUUGUUAGCCCAAAUAAAAAAUUGUGAGAGCCAGGCAAGUGAGCGUCGUAAACUACAGUCUAACAUACCUUGUAAAGCCUAAUUAUGUCCGUUUAGGGGAUCUUAGGGCAAAAAAUUAUACAGCUAAUUAAAAUUAUUUUUGACUCCUGGACUUUGGAAUUGAAGAAUGGCUGUCAACACUGACACAGCAUUUGAAAAAUCUACACUUGGUGAAAGUGUUGCAGCGCAACCCAACGAGUCCCAAGAGACAGAAAAACUUCUCAGCGCCGUGACUACAGAGCCCGGUGGCAACGGAAUGAAAAUGUCCAGCUCCUUCACAGUCAACGUUGGGGGCGAAAAGAACCUCGACCCAGAUCAGAAUGGCCACAGUGUACCCCUCAGGUCGGGUUCGGCGGGACACCUGGGCGCUCCCCCGCUCUCCCCGUCCCGGGUCAGUUUGAGCCGCACCUCGUCCACCGGUAAUGCUGGCGUUCAAGAGGCACAAAACCCCAAAGACUAUCUCAUACUCGUGAUCAUCUCCUGCUUCUGUCCUGUCUGGCCCGUCAGCAUCGUAGCAUUGGUAUAUUCAAUUAUGUCCAGAAACAGUCUCCAGUCAGGGGACAUGGACGGGGCCAAGAGACUGGGUCGUCUGGCUCGCCUGCUCAGCAUCGUGUCCAUCAUCCUGGGUCUGCUCAUCAUCGUGGUCUACGUGGUGGUCUACGUGACCAGUAAAUAGCUCUGAGGACACCAUGCAUGCUGCAGACCAAUCCCAAGAUGCAUCAUGGGAAAAUCUACCGAUUCUGACCAUUCCAAAAAUCUAAAAAGAAGCAAUCUUCAUCAAUGCCUCCCUGUAAUUAGGCCUUCUGAGAAACACAGCAAAAAAUAAACAAGUUAUAUUAAGAGUAGGUGCCGUAGCAAAGCAAACCAAUAAGCAAAAACAUAAAAGAUCUAAGAAAUGCAUGCUUUAGACUUCUGUAACUUUUGCUUGAUAAAGAGAAAAAACUUGAUAUAAUGUUUAAAGAAUGAAAGCGAUGGUUUACACUCAGGUUGGAAAGACUCACUGCAUCUCUCUCUGGACUAAUGGAGUCUGAAAACGACAUGGAGAUGAUGACUAAAGGAAAGAGGGAUGGAGCAAAAAAAUAAUGUAUUCUGUAUGAAGAAUGGUAGGAACUCUUCAAACAGGCACUUCAAAGCUUUGGGACCACGAACCUCAGAUGGUUAUAUGGUGACCUUAAUAUAUUCCUGGUUUACCUUGUUGCAUUAAAAACAUAUACAGUCUGUAUAACUAUACUGCUAAAGUUUGCAAUUGUAGUUUACAAAAUGAUCUAAAUGUGCAUUUUAUAUAAGGUUUGUAUGUGGAGUUGAGCGUGGUUGAUUGAGACUGUUACGCAUAAGUGGUUGUUGCCUUGUAUGGCAAAAUGUUGGGGAAAGAAACACAAUUUGGCUGAUUUAUACAUUUGUUUUUCAUUAUUUUGUAGACCUUUUGACAAAACAGAGAUCACCUGCAUGCCUUGUCUUGAAGGUAGUAUGUAUAUCUGUGUUCAAUUGGGAUGUAAACAAUCUUUACCUGUCUGUGUUGUUUUGACUGGAAAUCUAGCUGAAAGAAUACAGAAAGUUGUACAUUCAUGUGAACCAUACUUACAUCCUACUGCUACAAACACUUCCGACCUCCCCUCUUGCCCCUCCCAUUCUGUGCCCCCCCUUCCCCCACAACCCCUUGCCUUGCUCUGGGAGGAGCCUGAUUAUAUUGACACGCAUGCCAACCCUCCCUACCCCCAGCCCCUCCCCCUUCCAAACAAAUAAAUCAUUUAAUUGGCCAGCUUAUCACAUCCGAUUUGCACUUCCUCCUUCGAACUUCUUUGACCAUCUCCACACAGUACCUGUAAUACGUUGACUGUUAAUGUAAAUUGUUUCACUGAAUGUCUUUUAUACUAUACACAAACACCGCCACUAUCUCCUCUACAGUCAUCCCUACCUACUGUACCCUCUGUAACCAUAUUAUCAUACUGUAUGAAUUUAUAUGAGAAUAUAUAUUCAAUAUAUAGGCAUGCUAUGGGACAAACAGUACACCAUUUUUGGGGUAAUGUUUCUGUGUUAGCCUUCCUGUGCUAAAGGUGCUUUAAUUGAUAGCAGUUGUAGUAUGUCUGUGUUCUGUAGCACGCCAGUCUGUCUGCAUUUCCCCCAUCUGGUAGAAGUCCCAUUGUACAGGUUUACAGUAACUAUGGUAACAAACAACAGAACUUUAUUGUAGGGCAGUAAUAUCACUGAAAGUCAUAAAGCCUUAUAGCUUAUGUAUAGGUAAUACAUUUACCUUAUUACCUUGCUACCUUGCUUAUGGUUGCACAAGUCCGACCAUUUUAAUAUCACUGUUUGAAAUUGUCUAUCAUUUAACUACCUUGUUAAGGGCUUAGAGAAGAGAUAACAAGACAGGAUUAAGAAUUUGAUUGGGUAUUCAAGAAUAAUACUUCCAACUUUAAUCAAAGUUAGUUUUUUUUGCCCAUAAAAUAAUCUAUGGUAGUUGAAAACAGCCUUUGGGGUAUAUUGACAAAAACCUUCUCGAAAUAAGUAACAAAAGCUGAAAUCCAAAGAAACCUCUCCCAAUGUCUGCAUUUGUAAAGCUUCCAUUUGACCGUUGUCUUACACAUAAUAGAAUAAACUCUAGAUUGUUUCCAAUAUCUCUUCCCACUCUUUACCUUAUGGGGUAAAAAGCAGAUGUGUUUACCUGUCUGGAUAGAGCUACAGAUGUUUACUACACUGGGCAUAUGCCUUUAAAACCUUUCCUCAUCAUUCACUGUCUGAAAGUACAGUACUUCACUGUCUCUCUGGGCAUGUGUCAACUCCUGACUAUACAGUAGUUCUAAGAUUCAUUUGAAGGGAUGACCUUUGCUAUUUCAAAGCAGGUUAGCUUGCAAGAGGUUAGCUGAAAAGCAUGAUAAAUUGGGGUGAUCCUAAAAUGAUGUAUUGCGUGAGACACAUACAUUCUACUGUCACAAAAUUCUCCAAAUUUGUCUUUUUUUUACUCAACAUUAUUUUUCAUUUUGAUGUAUGCACAACAGGUUUACAUCUCUUUCUUGUGUACAUUUUGCAUGUCUGGAAUAAACGUUACCAUGCAUGGUCAACGCAGCCUUGUUGAGAGAUUGAUAUAUAUGUGCGUUUGUGGAGGGCUGUUAAUAAUGGCUGGUGUGGCAGAGGGGAGUGUUUAAGGGGUUAACUGCUGAGUGGAGUGCUGGGAGGUUGGAGGACCUUCCUCUAACAUCUGUUAGGAGACAGUAACACUGAGCCUCUAACACAGACAACGCCUCUCUGAAAAUACGGAAUAAGGGCAAUAGUGCUAUCACACACACACACACACACACACCUUGACAAUUACUCCUCUUUCACAAUUUAUUUUAAUCCUGAAAAACACGCUUGUCAACCAAUCUCAUACUAGCCUGCAAAUGCUGUUUUUCAACACACACACACACAUACGCCACAAUUUUUCAGGCUGCUGGCAGCUAGUGUGGUGAAUAAUGCAUCUGCCAGGAAAUGGCUCAACUGGAAGGUCUGCUGAUUUGGCCCUUCAGACCAGAGACCCCUGCCCAUGACAGCAAAGCAAUGGCCCUGGUUCCAGUCCAACAAAUAGCCCCACUCAAUAAUAUAUUCAAAAAUUAUGGACACAUCUUACAAAUUAGCAGACAAUAAAAUGUCUGUCUCAUAACUUGCUAAAUGCUCAUUAAAAUAAAGGGGGAAAACCAAGUUAAAGUUUAAGUUCAGUCUGAACUGAUCUCCUGACAGUGGAGCAUCCACUGGAUCUUCUACUCUGUGACUGGUCUCCAACAUUGAUUAAAUGUGCAUAUCAAAACACCAUCCCAUGGAAAUACAAACUGUCUAUACUUGUAGGACAAUACUAACCAUCUAAAAUAGAUUCCUAAUAUUAAAGAAUAAUUGCAAACAGUUAGAAAAUGGACUCAAGUCUGGCCAAGGAAGAAAACAAUAACAUUCCAGGGAGUGAGUAUGAAGUCUUGAUCAGAGAGGGCACAGUCUUUCUAAACCCAGACCGGAGCGGUUGCUGAGGGAGAAUGAGUCACAGAAAGAGAGUUAGUUCCACAUGGGUGGUCCUACCUCCAGACAAAAAGGUCUGAAAUAUUCAGGGACUCUGGACUACAUCACCUCCAUAGUUGUGCCUACUGUGUAAUAUGUGCACUUUAGAUGUUCUAUUUUCCACCCAAAACUUAAACCAGGACAGUUAAGUAAUUUAACAGUGUGUGAUAAAAACAACAGAGAGGCUUUGUUCGUACUUAGUCAUUUGGCUACACAGGUCAACAUGUCAGUAUUCUGUAUCAAAGCAGACAAAGUGACCUGCACUCUGGUUCUAUGCAAAGAGACUGAUGACAGCUUUCUGUGUGGUCCUGAGGGGUUUCCUGCUGUGUCAUCUGUCACUCUCAAUGCUUUCACACACAGGCUCCUUCUCACAGAGACAUUUAUUCCUGCAGUCAAUUUCUUCUCUCUCACACACACACACACACACACGCACACCUUAUCCACAGGUUUUCACACACGGGGACCCUAAGAGACUCUGCUCUGCGGUGUCACUACAUCCACCCUUCCCAUCCAUCCAGACAGACUGCACAUCUCAUCCAACAGGGGCAAAAGCUGAGCAUAGUGACCUGAACAGUGAUAUUUUAAAGAGACUGACUUUUUAGUUUCUGGAUUUCAGAUCUUUGUGGACAUACUAGUUUGAAUAACUAAAAGAUCAAAUCAUUAGAUCUUAAAUCUCAUGCCAGUUGAGCGACCACUCAGAGACAAAACACAUUGUUCUGAAAACUCCCCCAGUUCUUUGUAGCCCCUGGGAUUCCGUGUUCAACUUCUCAAAUUGCUCUCAUCUCAAGAAUGUGCUCUUCAAUUUACAUAUUCAUGAAGUGUUCUGAGUUUCCCUUCUUCUCCUUACACUUCACUACACUCACAUGUGCUGCAGGCAGGUUAGGACUAGAAAGAGUCUCAGUGGUUAGAUGUUCUUGAUGAACAUUCUGACCAAGUCAAUCUGAUAACCCUGAUAAUGAUUUUACAGUACAGUGGUAUGGUAA